CGCGCGUUCUUCUAACUUCCGCAAAUACGGAAAUGGUGUGUAUAUUCCACAUUGCAUUAGAGAAAAUAUACCAAGAAGUUUCGCAACGAAUUGGCCAAAACGACAGGAAAACAAGAAGAGAACAUCUUAAAGCCUAACCAAGUGGGACGCGAGUUCGAAUCUGACUGUAAACUUUCUUGGAAACGAUAAUUAAUUGAAGGGCCACUAUCGACAUUGUUGACGUUGAGUUGGGGUUUGAAGUAGCACAACACAGGCGUGUACAAACUGAUUCAUUGCAAAUCCUGUACCUGUGGUGGUGCAUGCAACAGAAUAGUGCAGCGUGACACCGACAGCAUUGUUGCCAAACUCGAAAGAGCAAAUUGGCAUCAAUUAAACAUCCAAUACAAUACCGGAGAUCUGUUUUGUAUGAUGAACAUUCAUUGACCACGAUUAACUUGAAAGUAUGGAGUACGUUGCUCUCUUCGAUUUUUCACCAUCAAAGGAAGAGCAAGAUGAACUUGCCUUCAAGAAAGGCGAAGUAUUGAAGGUGAUCAAAAGAGAAGACAGACAUUGGUUGCUUGCCCAUCAAGGAGCAAAACAAGGAUUAGUACCAGAAAACUAUCUGAAAAUUGAGAAAUCACACCCAUGGUAUGUUGGGAAAAUCUCAAGAAAAGUGGCAGAGGAAUACUUGAUGUCCAUGCCAAGUGAUGGUGCCUUCAUGAUCAGAGAUUCAGAAAGCAAUCCCGAUAGUGGAAACUUUUCACUCUCUGUCAAGUUCCGUGAUCAAGUACAACAUUUCAAAAUUCUAACCGAUUUGGCCGGGAAAUACUUUCUUUGGGUGGUCAAAUUCACUUCCAUAAAUGAUCUAGUAGAUUACCACAAGGACAACUCGGUCAGUAGAACACAGGAAAUUGUACUGAACGAGCCGUGUGUGCCAAUAGAAGAUGCGAAUCAGCGACCACAGCCGGCAAUGCAGCAGUCUAGAGAAAGGCUACAGCAAGUCAAGGCCUUAUACAACUUUGAAUCGGACGACGCGCAGGAGCUGACCUUCAAACAGAACGACGUGAUCACCCUAACGGGUCGGCCGCACGCUGACUGGUGGGAGGGUGAGAUCAGGGCGCCCACUGGAACCAGACGUGGUAUAUUCCCCAAGAACUACGUAAAAGAGUUGGAUCCUCACAUGCAUUAAGACCACCCCGGCCCUGUGGGGGGUGGGCUUGAGCCAGCCUUUACCGUGAGCCUGCUGUGACCAAGCGGCCGCCUUGAUUCGCUGCAAAAAAAAAGAAGAGAAGAAUCAACUGCACUUGCUGAUCAUAUGUAUAGGUGAACUAAGAAAUGCAGAAGUUUUUAGAAAUUCCUCAUUGUCUUUCUGUAUCAAAUUUCUACAUGCUUUGAGAUGUCAAAAAUACAGUCAAGAAUAAGAUGUUCAAAAUUUGACUGAGAGCAGACAUAGGUAUCAAAUUUUGAUAGUUUUAUUUCAUUUUUUAAUUUUAUUAUUCUUGUUCAUUUCAAAUAUUAUGUUGUUUAUGUACUUGUAUGAUAUCAUAAGAAAUACAGUGUAGUGUGAUCAUUUAUUCAGUAUUUCAAGUUUAUUCAAUUCAUAUACAUAUAUCACAUCUUGAUACAAGUCUGACCAUGUUAAAGGGGAGGAAUGAAAUUUAAAUCACCAUUUUAACUCCAAAUUGCACUUCACGAUUACCGGUAAUAAAAUCAUGAGGAAUGUGAUUUUGAUAUUUAAAGUAAAAUGUGUUUUUAUAAAAAAAUCAGCAGUGUAGUAAUGCUCUUUCUGAUAACCAAUACCAUGUCAUAUGUAUAAAUAUCAUAUACAUAUAAUAUAUCAAAAGGUAAACCUUUUUACCUUUGGUACAGUAUUUGUAAUAGGGAUAUAAUACUUAAAUUUUAUAAAUGAGAUGUGCUUUAAUAUUUUUUUUGUAAAUGACAUCAGAAUUUGCUACUUAUUUUGUAAGUGUUGAUGAGGUCUUAUCGAAUACAUAGUUAUUUCCAUUUCAGCGAGUCACUUUUUAUAUUUCUUGUUUGAACCCAAAUAGGAUCAGUGAAAACUGUUGAUUCUUUUUGAAAACCUAGUAAUUAAAAAAGAAAAAGCACUUCAAGCCAAAUUAAGAAUUAAUGCUGCAUUUGGGCAGAAGUUUAUUAUUGCAAUCAUGGUAGUAGUAGUGGUGGUGGUUAUUUUACCUGACUGCUAAGAAAACAUAAAUGCUUUUUAGUAAGUGACCAUAGGACAAAUCGCUUUAGGUCCUCUCCGAGAGACCUGGUAAUGAGGAUUAAUGCCUUACCAAAGGGCACUAGCGCCUUGGAUUCGAACCCAGGUCGCCGGAUUACAAGACCACUGCUCUACCAACUGAGCAUUAAACAUAUAUUCCUACUUAACUAAAUUUACAUUAAGCUACUGGUGCUUGGAAUUUUAUAUGAGUCCUUUCUUUUAAUAGAUUGCAAUAAUGGGGAAAAGAAAAUGUAAGAAGAUUUUGGAUUGAAAAAAGAUAUACCAUCAAUGAUCAUAUUACAAAAAUAACAGGGAGAAAUGAUUACAUUUGCUUGCAGGCUAAACAAAUUUUACUGUAAUCAUAAUUUUUGUUACCAGGUUCAUGAUUUAUAUGUUUUAAUAGUAAAGUAAAGAAAAAAAUCUGUAUUUCAACUGUAAGAAUAAUAAUGAUUAGUCAAUAGUUUUUAAGAAAGCCAAGUUCAUAGAAAAUUAGAUAAUGUCAAUGCACGGUCAAAGGUACCAUAUUUGGGGAGAUUUAUCAAUAUGAUAAGUUGCUUGUGCCUUUUCUUUUUAUACUUGGUGCUAAUCGAUAUUUCAUAUUUAAUUUCCCUUUCAAAUGACCUUUUCAAGUUUACACAGUGACUUAAAACCUGAAUGGCAUCAAUGUAAAGGCUUAUUUUGAGACUAAGAAUGCUCCAAUGACGAGAGGAUUUGGGGCGAUUUUCCAAUGGCCCCCAAUAUCCCAUGCAUUUUUCAUCUUGUAUACUUGUAUUUCUUCCUAUGCCUAGGUUGUUGUCUUUUUCUUCAAAAUUCCAAGUCCCCAGAUAAAAAGGAAAUAGUUUUAGAAAUGGUCGCAAAUAUAAUGUUAUCAUUUGACAGACAUAUUUAAUUUCGAACUUUGUUCGAUGACAAUUUUAGGAAUCCUAAAUGUUCAAAGACAAGUGGCAAAUAACAAAACAUGGUGUUAGCCUUAAGUACACCCCCCCCCCUUCCAAAGUAGAAAAUCAUGUUAUCAAAUAAUAACAUUCAAGUUCCUCUGAUUGGAAGUUAAAAAUAUGAUAAUAUUUAUUAAGAAUAACAUUUUAUUUGAAUUUUAAAAAAUUCAGAAUUUAAUUUACGUUUCUUUCAUUAACAUUAAGCACGUGAAUCUCUAUUUUUUUUCAUGAAACUCAAUGUUGAGUUUAUGCCCAGCUUCAUCAUACUGUUACUCUGUGCCUUUAAUAAAACAUAAAGAAAGAGAAGAAUGACAAAACUUAAACCCAGUAUUGGUUAAUGUUUUUACGGAAUUGAUGUCCCUGUGUUACCUAAACUGCAUUGAGUAAUGGCAUUGUUUGAUAGAUAUCUCUCACCUGUACUCAGUAAAUAAACAUGUCAUGAUUCAGCCGUUUCACUCAGAUUUUGCAUCAUACAUGUAGUUGCUGAACUUGUCAGAAACUAUACACAUGUACUCACACUGUACAUGUAUGUAAUGAAUCCACCAGGAAGUUGGUGCCAUGCUUGUUCUGAUGACGACGUGACCGUAAAGAAUAGGUGAAACAAAAUAUUGUGACAUAAGUAUACUGGCAUUGUUCACUAUUUACUCUAUAAGAUGGAUGUCCUUGAAUUCUUAGUCAGAGAUAAUAAUCGUUCAACCAUCACAUUGGUGGUAGAAAUAUAUCUGAGUGUGGUAUACAUGAUAUUGCCUGUACAUAACGAGAAGGGCGUGAACUCUGUAUACCGGUAGAUGCAUGUGAGUUAGCACCCUUCUGGCUCCAAACAGACCAUAUCGUACCCGAUUAAGAAUACAGUGGAGCCUUGUUACAAAGCAGUGAAUGAUAUUCUGACGGUUAGGUCUCAAAUGAGGUACAGUAAUCUGUUCGUAGGGAAAUGACAUUUUCAUGAAAUUUCUUGCGACCGGGGAAAUUGCUUUGUAUUAUUGAAACCUUGGUACAUUAGAGCUAAAAUAGAACUAAUAGAAUGAGAAUUGGGACACGCACAUCACAGGUUCCACUGUACUCAUUCUGUUUUAUGAUGUCCUGAAAAAUAUUUUAUGAUGAGAAAUAUGUAGACAAUUUCAUGUUAACCAUUCCCUCAAUGCAGCACAUAUAUGCAUGAAGUACUUUGCAGUCAUGCACCUACAUGUAAAUCCUUGUUCAGAUCUUACGAGGUGGUAAACCGUUUUCAAAUUGUUUAUAAUGACAUUAGCGUAAUGUACUGUACUAGUCUCAUCACAAGUCAAUUUUAUGUGAAUUGACAGUGUAUAUGAAUAUCUCUUCAUGGAAGCAAUAUUUUGGAGCUCACAUCUUUAAUAUUGUAUAGUGUAUAGCGAUGUAGAAAUCCAAGCAUACAAAGUAAAACAUUUUUUGUGAUUAGUACACUUUUAAAGAAGAAGAGGGAUGAAGAGUUUUUCUUUAAAUUUACAUUGUUUAUUGAAAAGGAAAGACAAAGCAUUUCCAAAUAAGCUUAUAAUUACUUGUACAAAUUGUGAGCUGAAAAAAAAGAAUAUGUUGUGUACAUGUUCUUGAUGCAGCAUGUAGGAGGACAUUGUAAGCUGAAGUUUACACUCUUAUUAACAAUUUUGUUUCAUUGAAUUCCAAAUGUUUUUGCUGUAAAUAUAUAUAUUUUUGAGAAUAAUUCUUCACUUAUAGCUUUAACCAACAGAAAACAUAUCUUUUUUUUAAUAGCUUUGUAGAGGAUGUUUCACAAAUUGAUGUAAUGAUUGAGAACAUUAGAAAUGUGGGAUGGAAAAUUGAAGUUCAUUGAAUUUGGCAGAUGUAAUUUGAGUUUAUACUUGAGUAAUACUUCACAAACUUUUCAUAUGGACAAUUCGGAUAUGAUAUUCAGAACAUUUUUUUUAAUGUUAUUUAUGACAGUUUAAAGCAAAAUAAAGUGUCCUAAAGACUACUAAUCUACCACUCAAAUUAAAGAGAUUGUUGAGCUCUUCUCUUCAUACCAAAUAUGGCACCAUGGCACACAUAUUUCUGGAGUUAUUGCCAAUUUUGGCUAGUGUACACAUUCCAUGGAAUUGCAUAUUUACAUUUCUAUUAGAAUACCACUGAGAUAUCUGCCUGUUGCCAGAACUGAAAAAAGAGAAAAGAAUCAGAUGUAAUCACUUCAACAGAUAUUAUUUCAUAGACAUAACAACUCUAUGUUACCCUCUUACUCUCUCAUUUGUCAUAAACUGUAUGUAUUUCCAUAACUUUCAUUCUUUUAGUGAAUUCCAUGUAUUCCAUUCUCUUUCCUGUUGCUAAUGAGUUUCUUUUUGUGUAUCACAUGUAAAUUUCCCAUUUAGAGGUCAAGAGCUUUAUUCUCUGUAUUAUUGUUAAUCUUUAAUUAUAUUGUUUCACAAGCUUUCUUAGGUUUGAAUUACCGAGGUGAAUAUGGCUAGUAGCCCCAAAGCUCCAAACCUAAGCUUGAAUUUUGAUAACUGAAACAAAAAAAGUAUUUUUUCAUAACAUUUGUAUAUCAUAAAUGAUUGUAAAUUCUAUAGUCCGUCAUAUUUUUUGUGUAAACUUUUUUAAGGACCUAUCAUGUGUGUGGUUGCCUGAAUUGUCUUAAGUGACUGUUACUUGUUCAACCAAAUUAUCAUUAUUCUAUUUUUGUUAAGUGUUUAUUAUUUUUGUUUUGGGGGUUUUGUUCCUUGCAAGGGAUCACAUUUUUUUUUUCUAAAAUUAUUUUGAAGCUGUAACAUUUAUUAAUGUGGAAAGUAUCUGUGGACAAGGAGAGACUUAUUAAUAUGUAGAUUGACUGUAUAUACAUAUAUCUAUAAUUGCAUUUAUUUUCGGCAAAUUAUAGCAAUGAUGUGCUUUGUAUCCAUCAUAAUUAUGUAACCUUACAAAUAGUGGUACAUGUAGAUGGGGCAGUUUUAUCUGAACUGUGCAGAAGGUACAGUUUUCAUUUAAAAUGUUAGUGAACUUAAGUUAAAUGUAAUUGCUCCCUUGAAUUUCAAAAUGAACUCAUUUCACAUGUUAAAUACCUGCAAGUGCACACUUUUCCAAUUUAUUCUUAACAUCUUUUUUUAUUUCAUACUCACUUUGAUCUGAGAGCUUGGAUUAUAUAUAUUUGUUGUAUAUGAUCAAGUUAGAAAAUGUCUGGAAAUACAGGAGAAAUAUGUUAAGAGUGAGAACCUAAUAUUUCCAUCAAGCUUGUACUCAGUUGGUUGUUUUACAAAAGUAAGUCCUUAUCAUCAUGCAAGUAUUCCUUUGGAUUUUAGUUGCAAUUUGAUAGGCCUUGGGCUGAAAACCCAAAGCAGCUGGUUAGAAAGCAAUAGCUUGCAUGCAAGUUAGUAUUUCCCCACCAGUUGUUUCUUUUUUCAAUUUUAUCAAACUUCUAGUAUGUUGGAAGAAAUAGCUGACAAAGAAAUCAAACUUAUUCCGAAAGAUAUUUUGGUGAGAAUUCCUAAUUUACAUUACAAGACACUUCUGCUCAUUUGUUACUCUGUAACAGGUAAUUUGUAGAUCUUAUAAUGAUAUGCACUGUAAUGAUAACAUAAUGUGAUGCUAUUUUCUUUUAUAUACAGGAUGUUUUCUCUAUGCUGAAUAAAUGCAAUGCUAGGAGGAAAAAAAAAAGGAGUCCAAGUACAUGUAAAUUCUAAAUAGUGGUACAUGUAGCCACCAUAUUUGGAGUAUGAUCAUGAAUGUUAAGAGCAAAGUUUAUCUGGCCAAUAAAUACUAAUUUUCAUGAAAAUAAAA